AUGGCUGCUUAUGCAGCGUCCAGGUAUACCAUCCCCUUGGAGCCAUCCAACUCCUUCGAGGGCUCAGGGCCUUCAGGGCCUUCGCCUGGCACCUCCCCACCUGCAGGCAGCAACGACAUGUUUGUCACUAUAGCCGUAAGCCCUAGUGACGAGCAGCAGGAAGAGGAGGUGGCCCGCAUGGAGGAAGAGAAAGGCGAGGAUGUUGCUAACAUGUGGCCCUCAGAUGGCCGUGAUCCCCAGGCCAACGCCGCGCGUGAGUACCUUGAUAAGCACAAUCUGGUGGAGUUCACUCAGCUCUUGGUUCAGAGUGUCAUCAAGGAGCAACCUGAGCGGCCUUACGAGUUCAUGGCGCGACAGUUCUACUUUCCAGAGCCAGAGCCCCGGCCCAGGCCGCCGGCUGAUCUGGAUCCUCCAGGAGGAGCGAUGUUUGGAGCUACCAUGGCGACGAUCGGCCACUACCACUACGAGGGAUAA